AUGACGAUCACAUCCAAAACGCCACGAAAACCUGAAAAGGUCACGAAUGGCGAGCUAGAGGUGCCAGAAGCAGAACUUUCUUCCCAAGCACAACCUUCACCCCCUAAGCGCAGCGUCUCCUUUGGCCCUGCUUCUUCUGCGCCAGCAAAUGAAUUCAACAUGUCUUCAGGCGCAGGCUUAGGUGCGACAACGAGCAACGGGCUCGGAGGAAGCAGCACGACUGGCAUUGGUGCUGGUCCAUCUGCGCCUGCUACCCCCGCGCGAGGAUCGAGCAUAGCAGGCAGUAACGAGAGCAGCGCAAGCACUCCCUCUUCUGCACUCAAGCCCGCACUCAAAGCUAGCGCUCAAGGUCGCAAAUUGCCACCAGCAGAACAAUACUCGCAUCCCGACCCCUUGUUGAGGAGGCUUCGGCUGUUGGACGAGCAUGGCAAGCCGAUCAAUUUGAAGAGCUUCUUCAAAGGUGCAAAGGUCGUGGGUUUCUACUUUAGCAGCCAGUGGGCUGGUCAACCUCUGAAAGAAUAUCACAAGGUGCGUGGUGGGAUGACUGGAGGAAGGCUUUCACAGCGCUGCCUGGACUAAAUAGCCAUCCCCUUUGUCUCGCGCAUUCGCAGACGAUCAGCGAAUUCUGUCGGAAUCAUCCAAACGACUUCAAGUGCAUUUACGUUAGCGUGGAUGUUGAUGAGCAGUGGUACAAGGCUGGCGUCAAAGGAAAAGUGAGUCCACCAGGUCUGCAGAUCGGUCUUGUCUUUGCUUGAAGCAUGGGCUGAUUCGAGUUGCGGCUGUUGCUGCUCGUGCUUCGUAGCCAUGGGUUUCGAUGGCGUGGAACGACGGCUCCUCGCUGCCGAGCGAGCGAGCGGACACGACAGCUUCCGCGACUGCGCCGAGCUCACCGGUCUUUCACAAUAAUGAGGACUACCUACUGGCAGGCGAGGUGGACAUCGACGAGUCACUCUCCAGAACGGAUACGGAUGGUACUGCCUACCUUCGACCAUUCUCUCGCGUCCACCUAGCUUCCAAGCUGAACAUCAUUGCAGCUCCGACGCUUUGUGUAUACCACAUUGACAAGGGAAAAAUGCUGGAUUGGAAUGUCAGGAUGGCUAGGAUCAAACCCGGCUCAGACGCAGAGACUUGGGAACGAUGGGUGAAGGGCGAGCCGGCAAAGUCUUUCGGAUUUCAAGGUAAGGGUCACCUGCUGGAGCGUGUAGUCACGCGAUGGUGCUUCUGUGAGGAGGAGCACGAAUGCCAGUCGUUGGGUUGCUGGAUUGAGGUGCGCAUACACGUAUCUGCAGCUUCAUACUGACCUCUUCCUCUUGUUAUUCUGCCAGACGCUUUCUAUGCCGCCCCGGCCAGCUUUAUCAUGUGUGGCGUCGCAAUCGUCCUCUGGUUGGUCGUCUUCUUCUUUGGGCAAGACUACAAUGUGAGAGCGGAUGGAUGCGUCGUUUCACACCAUUUCUCGAGCACUGCUGACUGCUGCCUCUCCACCUCGUCCCGAUUUGUAGGUCCUGAGGUAUGCCAUUAAUGCGCUCGAUGGAUCUAUAGCAAAGUCUCGAACGGGACUGCAGGACGUUUCGGCGUCCGCCUUUGACGCAGCUGCAGAAGCUAGAAAGGCAGGCGGCUUGUGA